CUUCUCCUCCACCUCAAUCACCAGGAUCAUCUGGCGAUCAUCUACCGCCUUGAUCUGCGCAUCACCAUUACUAGAUUCCACACAUUCUUCCCUCGCAGAAAGACAUGGCGCCCUCAACUGCUGUCAAACCGAAGUCUCUUGACAAGAUAAAACUGUUGUGUAACACACGAAUGGCUACUAUCAUCGUCGGCUCUCAGAAGAAAAAGUUCGGGGUUCACCAAGCCUUGAUCUGCGACCGGUCUCAAUACUUCAACAAAGCAUUCACUGGAUCGUUCCAAGAGGCCGAGACUGGUAUCGUCGAAUUGAAGGACGUCUCGCCAGUCCUCUUCCAAAUCUUCGUUGGCUGGCUCUACUACGACAAGCUCAUCUACACAGUCUUAGAUGAAGGCUCAAGCGUUGCUGAAGAUUUUGAAAAUCUAGAGACUUCGAUCGAAAUCGACCUCGAUGGUCCAGAUGUUGUUGAUCAAGAUCCAUCUACUUGGCCGUAUCAUGUGAUCAUCGAGCUAUACAUGUUCGCUGAUCGUUUCGACAUUGAGGCACUCAGGAUCGAUACACUUGAUGUCUUCAUCGAUUCUACAUUGGCAAACCAACGGAUCAUGCUCAUCAGCAACGCCGUAUACAUCUGGGCACAUACCCAUGUAUCUUCACCGCUCAGCAAAUUCUUGGUGCACGAGCUGGCAUACCAGUCGGCAUACGAAAAAGGCGCAACUUGGUGGCACUGGCUGCCAAAGGAGAUGCUGAUCGAAGUCUUGACGACUUUGGGACGCAGAGUACCUACAAAUCUUUGUAAAGCUUGUUACAAGAAGGGACUGACGGAAAACGGAGUCAAAGAUCUCAAGGCACAUGGCAUGUGCGGAUCUCAAGAUAUCGCGCCUUAUAGGUUAGACCGGUGCUUCUACCAUGAGCACACCAGCGAAGAAGAACGUAAAACGUGCCUCAACCGUCGCGAAAAGAUGGUCAAGGAAGCAAGUGAUUGAUUCCAUACAUCAACGGCAGAUCGAUAAAUCGUGGAGGACAGCCUGGCUCUGAUGAAGAAUGGAAACAAGUGAUGGCAACUAACGAACCAGCACUUCUUUCUGCUUGUCACCGCGACACACGUUUUCUUCCAGCUUUCAGAUCUGAAGGCAUUCGGAAGAGGGAAUCUCUAAAAACGGAUGGAAGGAGAAAUUCAAGCAGAUUCAAGGACGAGAAUGAUAUGAGAGGAGAAGGAACACGGCAGAAGAGAGGUCGAUGCAGUUUCUUUCGUCCGAGAUGGUUCUAUAUCACGAGAAAGUAGCAUCAGACCGACAGCGAUAGUAUUCAGAACGAAUGGAAAACAAAUUCAACC